CUUUGAGUUGUUGACGAACUAGCAUAUAUAGAGAUGGCUUUGAGUAGCAGUACUACCGGGAACCUGGAGACUCUGGAGGCAGUGGUAGAGAUCAAAUCCUCAGCUGAUAAAUUGUACGCGAUCAUAAGCAACGAGCACCACAAUGUCCCCAAUGCCACAUCUAAUAAUGUACACGACGUUGCAGUACAUGAAGAUGGAACUGUUGAGACAUGAAGCAAAUAAGAGAAUGAGUCUCACAGCAUUGGAGGCACAUGUGCUGGAGCAAUACAGAAGCUAUAAGAUUAUCUUUCAGGUCACUCCAAAGAGUGAUGAAGGAGGUAAUCAGGUCAAAAUUACUCUGGAAUAUGAAAAGCUCAAUGAGAGUGACCAGCCUCCGCAUAAGUACCUCCACUUUCUAGUCAAUGUCAUUAAGGAUAUUGAUGAACAUCUUAUUGCUUCUUAAUUGAACUACUUGGGGAACUCCGGAUGAUCAUGAUCUAUAUAUAUUUAUAAGAAUAAAGGCUCGUGAUCGAGCUAGCUACCCCUGUUUGUUUGCC